CAUAAGUUGCUGACACUUUAAAAUUUUGUUAAACUACAUUUUGAUUUAAUUCCAGCAUUCAGUCUUUUUGAGUUCACACCUGUUUUCAGUUAUAAGAAAUCUGAUUAACCUAAAAUAAAGUUCAGCCAUUCCAGGAGGUUUCUCUUGACAUUUGCUAAUAUGUGUCCUUUAGCUAAAACCUUAGUUUGCUGAGGGGUUGUAAAGGAUCUAACUGUAGUUAUCGGUCAGGAGAAAGGUUUAAAAAAUGCAUAGUGGUACAGUGAGGAAUAUUGGGAGUAAAUAUGAGGAACAGUAACAUUUCUACAACAGGAUAUUUCCCCAUGAUUGAUAUAAACCACUACAGCAGUACUGACGGACUGGCUGUGUUCUGCAAAAGUCUCCCAGUAAGUCACAACCUGGUUAAAGUAAACCUUAAGUUUUUGGAAACAAUUCCAGAUGAUACGUUUGCCACACAGUCCAUUCUGGUACUAUUAGGUAUCAGCUAGGAAGCUUAGGAUGGAGAAGAUUUUUAUUUUUCAGGUCCAAAAUUACAUCCAAAUCAAGGAAAGAAUAGCUUCCCCUGAGGAAAUUGGUUUUGGAAAGACCUCAACAGACCUCGCGUGAAGAGUGCUGCAGACAACAAUUGUCCUCACUGUAUUAAUUUAGGGUUGUGCACACUUAUGCAACUAGUUUCCGACAGUGAUGUUACAGUUUUGCAUCUAAUAUAUUUAGUUGUUUUUUAGUUUUGUGGAUAAGGAUUGAAGUCACAUUAAAUCUAGAAGAAGUUUGCAAAUGCGUUUUCAUACUCACAAAAACCUGUCCUCAAACCAACAUUUUAUUUCCUUUCUAAAUUGGUUAUCAACAUAGAAACUUUGAUUCAAGUAUAAAGAGUGCAGUUUGUUGUUUUGGCUCACAGCCUGUACCCCCCACCCCUGCACACAAUGUCAAACAUUGUGUGCAGGGUCAGUCUUAUGGAUGACCUGACCUCUCAACGGCUUUUCUAUUUCCAACUACAUGCCAGAAACUUCUCCAGCAGCUCUGAUGGCUGUUAUCUCUCUUGGUGGGUAUUUGUGUGUGAGAAUAGGAAGCGGUCUCCACUCAUUAUCAGUUUGUCCGUUACACUCUUGGCCCAAGUGCUUGGACAAAUUGCCAUUUAAGGCUAAAGUCAAAAUGCGUUGCAGAGUAGUCAACACUGCGUCCCAUAAUGCAGCAGGGCUUUAUUUAACCCCACGGCAAAGACCCCAGGAUAGUUAGGACGCGGUCAGUAGCUGCUGGAAAACAACUACUCUGAGGCUGUUCUGGCAGUUUUUAAUUUCUGAGAACAGUUUGGUUGUAUCUGGGAUAGAAGUGGAACCUCAGUAAGUUUUAAAGGCUACUGUAAACCUCAGUCAUGACAUCCCUGACAACUUCCAGCCAAAGAUCUUCUUCCUCAUAUCGCUCCUCAUCACGUUAUAGCACUUCCAGCUGCUAUCGAUCAGAUGGAUCACUUAACGGAUCGUCUGAUUCCCUGGAUGCCCAUUUUGAACCUUUUAUAGACUCUGCCAAUUGUUCUAGUCUGUUCAGAGAGGAGGGCCCCGGGGGGCCCAACACUUUGCCCUACUUUGGCAGACACAACAGAUUAUCGUUGGAACCUCAAGGUGGCACUGUGAUGAACUGGCAGAGCGGAGCAGGAAGCGGGGUGCGAUGUCUCGGUGACUCCUACUGUAUGACGACUGACCUCAGCCAGUUCGAGCCACACGACAUAGUGGUGAUGGCCUACAACCACCACGUCGUCAUUCACGCACAGAAGGUUCUGGAUGAUGGAAGCGUCAGUAACACGUUCACCCAUAAGUCCCUGUUCCCAGAGGACAUGGAUCCCCUGUCGGUUAGUGGGACCCUGGACCUUGACGGUACCCUAUGGGUGACCGUGCGACGGAUCGUGGAGCUGAAUGGACCAGAGACACUGGGAGUCCCUACCUACACCAGCGAGGCUCACCUUUGACAACUUUCCUCAUUGUGUUCUCUGAGUGACAAUCAUAGCUAUCAUUUAGGUGUGUCCUGGCUUCAGUGAGUAGAAGAGCUCGCCUUUUUAUUCAUUCUCAUCAGUGCAUCAAUUUUCUAAUAAUAUAAUAUAAUAAAUGCUCCACAAAAGAUUCAUGGGUUUCCAUUUUCUCUUCAUAUUAAAACCUAAAAACACAAUUCAAGCCAAUCUAAUUGUUACAGUCAGGCCCUGCAUUAACACCAGAUUAGUUCCAGGCUUUUAAGAGUAAAAUAAAAGGUUCAACUAACAAAUCAGCUGACAUUUCCAACCUUACUUCAUUUCAAUGUUAAAAAAGCUCUGGAGGUUUUUUUGUAUUAUUGUGUCACUGACUAAAACGCAAGAGAACCACAGUUCAGAUAGUGAGAUCAUCCAUCCUGCACCAGACAUCUCCUAAGGCGACACAUUGUGGUAUUGGAGGAAUAAAUGAAAUAAAAAUUUUUACAGAA